CGCAUGAUUCUCACAAAAUCGAGAAAAGUAGGAAAAACCUCGCGCCACCAUGUCCCGCGCUAAUUUAAAGACCUCCACCCCACCCGCCAUCCCUCCAAGAGAUGUUCCCUCCUUUGUUCGACUGGUUUAUUCAUUCAACGAGAAAACUUACUAUCAAGGUUUGUGGUUAGAUUUGGGUUUUGGUCCAGGAGUUUAAUUAUUUUUCAAUUAUGUUAAGUGAUGACUAAUGGAAAGUUUUCAAGUGGGAACAAUUCAAGUAAAGAUUUUAAAUUAGAUGCUAAGCUUCCUCGAGUCAAUUGGUCACAUCAUGCUAAUGCACACCAUAAUUUCUCAUGCCAAAAUCAGUUUUUGAGCUCAAAUUUCCUUUUCUCCUUGCCAACACAAAAAUCUCAUGUUGAAGAGGCCCUGUGUGCUGGGUCAAUGGCAUUUCAAAUUCAAAAUAUUCAAAGGCUGCAGAGUUCACAUAUACAAAAGGCUUGGGAAGCUCUUUCUAGUGUUAACAUGGCUUGUAGGAACUAUUUAAAACCUGGGAUAACUGUACCUAUAGUUCAGAAUAUUGGCACAGAUCACUUACCAUUAAAAAGGUCAGAUUCUAAGAAUAUCAGUAAAGCAACUACUCUGUGGAGGUCAUCUGACAUCACUUGCAAAUUUUCUGAGAGCUCAACAUUUCAAAAUUUGCAACCACACCAAAACUUGAAUUACUGUGGUGUGAGGGUUGGUGAAUCUGGGGAUUCUCUGCUAGAAAGUCGAAAUAGUGCUUCGGACACUGGUGUAGGUGUAAGAUUGUCAGAAGAUAAGGAAGCAUCACCAAUUAAUGGUUCUCAUGCAAACAUCAGGGGUGGAUCUUCUGGCAUUCAUACUCUGCAUAAGCAAGAUAACCCUGAAAAAGAGUUUGGGGAUCAUUUUGCUGAUGAUAUUGGUGAUGAUGACAUACUCGAGAAUAUUGAUGUGGACCAAAUAGUUCUUCAAUAUCAAGCAACUUGCACACCUCAAUCAUCAACUUCUAAGCUUCCAUCCACUACAUUUCUAAGCAAUAAUAAUAAUACAGUGCCUGAUGAGACAUACUUUCCACCAGAAUUAUGCACAAUAUGUAAUCAUGGUUUUAAGGUAGGAAUUUGCCCAGAAGCUGCAAAUCAUUUGCAGGAGAUGAAGGAUACACUAAUUGAAAUAUCAAAUGAACUUCUUGACAACUUUAAUUUUCUCAGUCCUGUGCAAAUAGAGAGCCUUCGUCAAGAUAGGUUGCAGCUGAAUAAAAAAAUUCAGCAGCUGGACAAAUAUCUUUAUUUCAAAGAAAGGGAUGAAGAACGACAGAAAUCUAAUUUCUCUGCUUCCACAACCAGAGGUCUCCAAUAUGAAACUCCUCCACAUGGUGCAUAUACAAUGAAUCAUUCAGGAUUUGAUGCUAGGAUCAAUACAAGCAGUGAACCAGGGGGCUUCGGUAAAGGGAUAUCAUCAUUGAUAUCAUUCUCUUCUAUAGAUGGGUUUGGUGCUUCCUUAGGUCCUGUUGAAAGGGAAGCAUAUGUUCCUAAGAUUAUUGAAGUUAAUUACAUUGAAGGAUCGAAUGAUAAGAGGUGGAGUAGCAGAGAUUUCUCAUGGACCAGGAAACUGGAGGAAAAUAACAAGAAAGUGUUUGGAAACCAUUCCUUUCGUCCAAAUCAAAGAGAGGUGAUCAAUGCAACAAUGAGUGGAUGUGAUGUUUUUGUUUUGAUGCCAACUGGUGGUGGAAAGAGUCUGACGUACCAGCUUCCUGCUCUUAUAUGUCCAGGAAUAACAUUAGUGGUUUCGCCUCUUGUCUCACUUAUUCAAGAUCAGAUUAUGCAUUUAGUACAGGCAAACAUCCCUGCAGCUUAUUUAAGUGCUAAUAUGGAGUGGGCCGAACAGCAAGAGAUCCUUAGAGAACUGAAUUCAGAUUACUCUAGAUAUAAGUUGUUAUAUGUCACACCCGAGAAAAUUGCAAAGAGUGAUGUUCUGUUAAGACAUUUGGAGAGUUUGCAUGCUCGUAGUUUACUUGCUAGGAUUGUUGUUGAUGAAGCUCAUUGUGUUAGCCAGUGGGGGCAUGAUUUUAGACCGGAUUAUCAGGGUCUUGGUAUCUUGAAGCAGAAGUUCCCAAAUACUCCUGUCUUGGCUUUAACUGCCACCGCAACCGCAAGUGUGAAGGAAGAUGUUGUGCAAGCUCUUGGCCUUGUUAAUUGUGUUGUUUUUCGACAAAGUUUCAAUCGCCAAAAUUUGCGGUAUUCAGUAAUCCCAAAGACAAAAAGGUGUUUGGAAGACAUUGACAAAUUCAUUAAAGAAAACCAUUUUGAUGAAUGUGGUAUUAUUUAUUGUCUUUCACGAAUGGACUGUGAGAAAGUUGCUGACAAGUUACAGGAAUUUGGCCAUAAAGCAGCAUUUUACCAUGGGAGCAUGGAUUCUCAGCAACGAACUUUUGUUCAAAAGCAGUGGAGCAAGGAUGAGAUCAAUAUAAUAUGUGCUACAGUGGCCUUUGGAAUGGGCAUCAAUAAACCUGAUGUCCGAUUUGUUAUACAUCAUUCUCUUCCAAAAUCUAUUGAAGGCUAUCAUCAGGAGUGUGGUCGUGCUGGUAGAGAUGGUCAACCUUCAUCUUGUUUAUUGUAUUACAGCUACAGUGACUAUAUCCGAGUUAAACACAUGAUCAGUCAAGGAGUCAUAGAGCAAAGUCCACUGGCAUUAGGAUCAGGACGUAUUUCUGGAACAAAUGCUGGGAGGAUAUUAGAAACAAAUGUUGAGAAUCUUUUGCGUAUGGUCAGCUAUUGUGAAAAUGACGUUGAUUGUCGACGUCUAUUGCAACUUGUACAUUUUGGAGAAAAGUUUGAUCCUGCAAACUGUGGGAAAACUUGUGAUAAUUGUUCCAAGGCUGUAAAUUAUGUUGAUAAGGAUGUUACUGACAUAGCAAAGCACUUGGUUGAAUUGGUGAAGUCAACAGGGCAGCAGCAUUCAUCAUCACAUAUACUAGAAGUCUACAGGGGUUCCAUGUGUCAAAACGUUAAGAAGUACAGACAUGAUAGGUUGAGUGUUCAUGGAGUUGGAAAAAGUUUACCUAAGGGAUUUGCUUCUCGAAUAUUGCGCCACCUUGUUAUUGAAGAUAUACUUACUGAAGAUGUUAAGAAAAGUGAUAUCUAUGGAUCUGUUUCAUCAAUUUUAAAGAUAAAUGAAUCAAAGGCAUAUAAUCUCUGCUUUGGAGGACGGAAAAUUAUUUUAAGGUUCCCUGACUCCACUAAAAAAAGUAUGAUGAGCAAAUCUGGAGCAGCACCAGCGAAAGAUCCACUACUGUCAGGAAUGGGUUCCCCACAAAAUGACACUCCAGCCCAACCACAAAAUGAAGUAGAUUUGAAUCUUUCAGCCAAACUUUAUUCUUCUCUGAGAAUGCUUCGAACUACUCUUGUUAGAGAAGCAGGAGAAGGGGUCAUGGCAUACCACAUAUUUUUAAAUACUACAUUGCAGCAGAUCAGCAGGCGGAUUCCUAGAACAAAAGAAGAACUCCUUGAUAUUAGUGGCAUUGGCAAGGCAAAGGUAAACAAGUAUGGAGACCGCCUAUUGGAAACUAUUGAAUCUACCAUUAGGGAGCAUUACAAGUUAGAGAAGGAUAGCAGUGGUGAUAAAGAUAGUACUGAGACAAUCAAGAGAAGAAGAAACUCAACUGGUAUUUCUGAUGCAAGAAUAGAAGAGGAUGAUGACUUUACUUUUACUGUGGCAAGUGACCUGUCAAAGGGAAGACCUGCUAAGCAAGGGCGGAAAAAAGGUACAGGACCCAAGGAUUUCAGUUUGCCAAGAUAUGAUGAUGAGCAAUUCCUUGACGCUGAUCUAGAUUUGGAGUACAAUUACAAUGAUAAAGACAAUGGUUCAUACGAAAAGGCUGAUCAAAAUAGUGAAGGCAGAGUGUUACCCUCAUGGGCGAUACCAUGAAACAAAGUUCACAAUGGAGGUCCUAAUUGUUCCAGGAAUUGCGUAUAAGAUUGCACAUUGUGGAAGAUGAGCUCUGUUCAGUGUAUAGUUUUUGUAAAUCCCAAUAUUCCAUUUGCCAGUCAUUCUGGUGGUUGGAAUCAUGUUUUUGUUCCAUUGACAUUGAUAAUUGAGGAAGUACAGAUAUAUUAUGACAUGUAUAGUAUAGUUUCCAAAGCAUUGCUGGUUGAAGUUUACAUGUAUGCUUUUUGUUCUGAUGGAA